UGGAGUGUGACUGUAACUGCGUAGCAAAUGAUAUGCUGAACUUGUGAUCGUUAUCUUCUAGUACUCUGAAGCUAUAAAUACCUAUCCUCAAUUGCUUUCAUGCAUCAAGCAUCCCAAACAUCUACAAGCAGAGAGAUAGAUAGAGGCAAAGGCAAACAGAUAGAAAAUGACUUGCUUCUUCUCAAAAGGGUCUUUUCUAGUCAUUCUCCUUUUAGCAAUUUGCUUGGUUAGUGAAGCACAGCAAUGUCGUCCAAGUGGAAGGAUUAGAGGAAAGAAGCCCCCUCCUGGACAAUGCAACCGAGAAGAUGACUCUGACUGCUGCAAAGCUGGAAAAAUGUACCCAACAUACACAUGCUCACCACCAAUGUCAGAUAAAACCCAGGCAUACCUCACUCUCAACAGCUUUGAGGCAGGUGGUGACGGAGGAGGCCCAUCUGAAUGUGAUGGCAAGUACCACAAUGACAACACUCCAGUUGUGGCAUUAUCCACCGGAUGGUACAAUGGAGGAUCAAGGUGCCUUAACAACAUCAGAAUUAAUGGUAAUGGGCGCAGUGUAGUGGCCAAGGUGGUGGAUGAGUGUGACUCGACUGAGGGAUGUGAUGCGGACCAUGAUUAUCAGCCUCCUUGUCCCAACAACAUUGUUGAUGCCUCCAAGGCUGUCUGGAAAGCCUUAGGUGUAUCCGAAGACAAUUGGGGUGGCUUAGAUAUCACAUGGACCGACGCUUAGUAUCAUUAUAUUUCUAUCUAAGUUGUUGC